UAGCAUCAUUACUUCAAAAACGUGCUAUUGUUACUCAAAUGGAAACCAACCAUCAAAAAACUUUUUCGAAUCAAAAAAACAUCCCUCGUCUUCCAAUUCCAACAUUGAAAGAAACAGCUGAACGUUAUAAGAAAUCUUUAUUACCUCUUUUAUCUACUUCGGAUUAUAAUCGAGCAGCCAAUGCUGUUGAUGAAUUUAUGAAAGAAGGUGGUUUUGCUGAAGUUCUUCAAAAAAGAUUACACCAAGUUGAUAAAAGUGAAAAG